AUGAUGGGACUUCUUCUUUCUUCCCUGAUUGAGAAUGCAUGCUGGCUGACGGGUGCUGAACCUCCUUUGACUUUCAUGGUCCGGAAAACGUCAGUUGAUGACCACCAUCGGACAUACGGAAAGAACAUCUUGCCCUCUCUGUCAUCCGGCAUUAUCACGAAAGCAGCCCCGGUGACCUUUCUCAUCAUAUGUGCCCAGUAUUCUGCCAGUUCCGAAAAGGUUAAAGAUGAAGCGCUUGACGUCGUGACCGGGUGCCAGAAUGAAAAAAAAGGUCAAAACAAAAUUGUCUUGCAAACUGGUGGAGAUUGUACGGUUAUGCCCGAAGCACGUUGCCCUGCCGUAACGUCAGAAUGCCGCAUCGCAUGGAGAUCAGAUACUAUCUUUGAUGCAUUUUCACAACAGCAAUAA